CUCGGAUGAAUGGGACCUGGGCUGACUGCGAACUACAGCUGCUCGAGUCGCUGUGGGCUCCCGAGAGAGCCGCGCUCCGGGACGGGGGAGACUCGGGGCGCGGGGAUGGUCGGUGCCGCGGCCGAGGCAGCCGCCGGGUUUCCUGGGGUAGCGGAAUAAGCGUGCGCCACUUCUGCGCGCUCGCUCCCUUCCCCUGCACCGGCCAUGCGCCCCGCUUUCGCUGUGGGCCUGGUUUUCGCCGGCUGUUGCAGCAACGUCAUCUUCCUAGAGCUCCUGGUCCGGACGCAUCCAGGAUGUGGGAACAUUGUGACAUUUGCACAAUUUUUAUUUAUUGCUGUGGAAGGCUUCCUCUUUGAGGCUGACUUGGGAAGGAAACAGCCCGCUAUCCCAAUAAGGUACUAUGCCACAAUGGUCACUAUGUUCUUCACUGUCAGUGUGGUGAACAACUAUGCCUUGAAUCUGAACAUCGCUAUGCCCCUGCAUAUGAUAUUCAGAUCUGGUUCUCUCAUUGCCAACAUGAUUCUGGGAAUUGUCAUUUUGAAGAAAAGAUACAGUAUAUUCAAAUAUACCUCUAUUGCCCUGGUGUCUGUGGGGAUAUUUAUUUGCACUUUCAUGUCAGCAAAGCAAGUGACUUCCAAGUCCAGCUCAAAUGAAAAUGAUGGAUUCCAGGCAUUUGUAUGGUGGUUACUAGGUAUUGGAGCACUGACGUUUGCCCUUCUGAUGUCAGCUAGGAUGGGAAUUUUUCAAGAGACUCUGUAUAAACAAUUUGGGAAACACUCCAAGGAGGCUUUGUUUUACAAUCAUGCUCUCCCGCUUCCUGGUUUCAUCUUUCUGGCUUCCGAUAUUUAUGACCAUGCAGUUCUGUUCAAUAAGUCUGAAUUGUACCAAGUUCCAGUCGUUGGCGUGGCAUUGCCCAUCAUGUGGUUCUAUCUCCUCAUGAAUGUCAUCACUCAGUCCGUGUGCAUCCGGGGCGUGUUCAUCCUCACCACAGAAUGCACCUCCCUCACUGUGACUCUGGUCGUGACUCUGCGCAAGUUCCUGAGCCUCAUCUUCUCCAUCCUGUACUUCCAGAACCCUUUCACGCGGUGGCAUUGGCUGGGCACUUGGUUUGUCUUCAUCGGGACCCUGAUGUACACGGAGGUGUGGAACCACCUAGGGACCCCCAGAAGCCAAGCUUCCAAGAAAGACAAGGAGAACUGAGCCCUGCCUGGAACAGAUGCCAGUGACCUAAUGAGCAAAGGACGGCCGGCUACCAUUUUGUUCUGGUUAAUGACCAGUUAGCCCCCAGUGUUGGUCUGGCCACCUACCAGAGGACCCUCAGAAGGAGGAGACAUACUAGAUUUUUCAUGGCCGUCCAGACCUACAUUCAUGGCCUCUUCUUACAAACCCCUCAGCUCUGAAGUAGAAAAACAAAGUCUGUGGUCAUUACCACCCUGAACAUGUCCGAUCUUGUCUGAAACAGGAAAAGAACAGUUCCUGUUAACGCAUAGCCCACUCCCUUGUUCUGUUUUGUUUAGCAGAAUAUUCUGUAUUUGUCUAUUGAGGCCUAAGGCCCAAAACUUCUAGUUUUAUAAUCAAGGACUUGGACAGAGUUCUCCCUGUUGUUGCCAUUCUGACAUUUCUCUGCCAUCCCAGUCAUCGUCAUCCUGUGACCUCAACCCUUACGCUCCUGUCAUACCACAUCCUGGCAGGACUUUGCAAGCAGAUGCUCCAGAUCUUGUCAGCAAGAACUGAGCUGCCAAGUGACACUGGGGCAGGACUCUCCAGAGUGCUUGGAAAGAAGCACUGAGGACACUGGAACAAGACCACCGGGAAUCCUUUCCCAUGACUUUGCAAAAGUCAUGCAUGCUUUCGCACCUUUUGCUUUCUGUGCUUACAGCACUCUUACCAACGUAUCUCCAUGGCUCAGUGUUAAUAAGAAACAAAGGGAGUUUGAAUUUGGGAAAGAGAGGUGCUUUAGCUCUGUGUUCUUUAGGAAGCCCUGAGAGCUGAGAUGGUAACACGAAGGUGACCUAGGAGAAGCUUGGUUGGCAGACACCCAGAGAGACACAGCACCCCCUUAGGGCCCUGCCAGGCACUCACAGGGCUCCAAGUGAGUGGUUAGUUAAGUCUUUGUUGCUCCCCCCCCUCCUCCUCUCCCUGCCUCCUCCUCCCUUCCUCCUCUACCUCUCCUCCUCUUCUCCCUCCUCUCCUUCCUCCUCCUUUCCCUCCUCCUCUACCUCCCUCCUCUUCCCCUC